AUGGUGGGGCUUUUGGGGCCGCCGUCCGGGACGGUGCGAGCUCCCCCAGCGGGGCCGGCCUUCAGGACCUGUGUCUUCUACGAAGCCCCCGGGGUCCGGGGCAGCACGCGCACCCUGGGGGUGCUGCUGGGCCCGGGACCCCCCGGACCCCCCGGACCCUCCGGAACCCCGGGGCGGAUCCGCUGCCUCUUCAGCAGCUGCUGUUUCGGGAUCUGGAACCAGACACGGGCCGGGGUCCGGCUGAAGAUGCAGGGCUGCCGGGACAGCGAUGAGCCGGGCUGCGAGGCCGCCCGCUGCGAGCCGGCCCCCCGGCACCCCGCCGCCUCCACCCUCUUCACCUGCUCCUGCAGCUCUGACCUCUGUAACCGCAACUACAGCCGGCCCACCGUGCGGGCCCCGCUGACCACGCUGGGCCUGAGCGCUGGACUCCUCUUUCUCGUCCUGCUGAGCGGCCUCGUCCUGGCCCUGCGCCGAUGGAAAGCGGGCCGACCCCCGGGAAGCCGGGGGGCGAGGGGGCGGGCGCCAGAGCUGGAGCCAGAUCCCGGCGGGCGCUCCGGCCUGGACCCCCCGGAGCUUCCGGAGCUGAGCUUCUCCCAGGUGCUGCAGGAGGGAACCCAGGCGUCCGUGUGGGCGGGCACCCUGCGCGGGGAGCCCGUGGCCGUCAAAGCCUUCUCGCCGGGGGCGGCGGCCCAGUUCCGCGCGGAGCUGGGCAUGUACGCCCUGCCCGGCCUGCGCCACGACAACCUGGCCCGCUUCCUGGCUGCCGGCUGGGGGGGGCCCGAACCCCGGACCCCCGGGCCCCUGCUGAUCCUGCAGCUCUACAACCAGGGCUCCCUCCGGCAGCACCUGAGCCAGCACUGCCCGGCCUGGGCGGGCGCCAUGCGGCUGGCACUGUCUCUGACCCGGGGCCUGGCCUUUCUGCACGAGGAACGCUGGCAUGACGGCCAGUACAAGCCGGGCAUCGCCCACCGGGACCUGAGCAGCCACAACGUGUUGGUGCGGGACGACGGAUCCUGUGCCAUCGGGGACCUGGGGCUCGCGCUGGCGCUGCCCGGCCCCUCCCGGCCCCAGGCCCGGGCCCGCGGCCCGGCCGUCCUCAUGGAGGCGGGCAGGCAGCGGUACACGGCCCCCGAGAUCCUGGACAAGACGCUGGACCUGCAGGAUUGGGGCCUGGCCCUCCGCCGAGCCGACGUCUACUCCCUGGCUCUGCUGCUCUGGGAGACCCUCAGCCGCUGCCCCGACCUGCGGCCUGGUGGGAGGACCCCGCCGUUCCAGCUGGCGUUCGAAGCGGAGCUGGGGAGGAGCCCCUCGGCCUGCGAGCUCUGGACCCUGGCCGUGGCUCAGCGCAGGAGGCCGCACGUCCCCCCGGCCUGGCACAGCGCCACCGCCGAGCCGGGCGGCCUGCCGGAGCUCCUGGAGGACAGCUGGGACCCCGACCCCGAAGCCAGGCUGACCGCAGACUGCGUCCAGCGGCGGCUGGAGGCCCUGGCCCUGCCUCCCCAUCCCUCUGGCGGCCCCCUCCCCCCCUGAACCCCUCGCCCCGGCACUCUCCCUCCCACCUCGAUCCGUCCUCUGGGCCCCAGCCCGGACUCUACCUCCUCCAGGAAGCCUUCCUCGGCCUCCAUUCGGCGUAUAUACGUGGCAUCUUUGUA